AAAAAAGAUACCCUAACGUAUCUAUAGCCCACUCCACCAUCUUCCCUUUCAUAUUUAACACGCAAAAAGAUGCCUGAAUUUGCUAAGUUAAAGAACGACCUCAUUCUCAGAGCCGCUCUCGGUGAGAAGGUUGAAAGACCACCUAUUUGGAUCAUGAGACAAGCUGGACGUUAUCUUCCUGAAUAUCAUGAAGUCAAGGCUGGUCGUGACUUCUUUGAAACCUGUAGAGAUGCUGAAACUGCGUCUGCUAUUACAAUUCAACCAGUUGAUCGAUAUGAUGGAUUGAUUGACGCCGCAAUUAUUUUCAGUGACAUUUUGGUGAUCCCACAAGCCAUGGGGUUUAAGAUCGAUAUGAUUGAUGGAAAGGGUCCUGUCUUUGUUGACCCAUUGCGCAGUGUAGAAGACCUUCAACGUGUGAACUUCAAGCCAGACAUCAAGAAGGAAUUAGCUUGGGCUUUUGAAGCUAUCACUCUCACCAGAAAGAAGUUGGAUGGACGUGUACCACUUCUUGGGUUCGUUGGUGCCCCUUGGACUCUCUUGGUUUACAUGACCGAAGGCCAAGGUUCCAAGAUGUUCCGUUUUGCCAAGCAAUGGAUCUACGAGUACACUGCAGAAGCUCACAAGCUUUUACAAGCAACCACUGACGCUUGUAUUGAGUUUUUGGCUCAACAAGUUGUUGCUGGUGCCCAAAUGUUGCAAAUAUUUGAAUCUUGGGCCGGAGAAUUGGGACCAUUAGAAUUUGACGAGUUCUGUUUGCCGUACUUGCGUCAAAUUGCUGCCAAGUUGCCAGCUAGAUUGGCUGAAUUGGGAGUCACUGAACGCAUCCCACUUACCGUGUUUGCCAAGGGCGCUUGGUACGCCUUGGACAAGUUGUGUGAUUCUGGAUACGAUACCGUCUCUUUGGAUUGGCUUUACCCACCACAAGAAGCAGUCAAGACUGUCAAUGGUAGACGUAUCACCUUGCAAGGUAACUUGGACCCGGGUAUCAUGUACGGUUCCGAUGAAGUGAUCAGUAAGAAGGUUGAAGAAAUGAUUCAUGGCUUUGGUGGUGGUAAGCAAAACUACAUUGUUAACUUUGGUCAUGGAACUCAUCCAUUUAUGAAGCCAGAAAAAAUCGAACAUUUCUUGAAGGAAUGUCACAGAUUUGGCUCUAAAUAA